AUGGAUAAGGAGAAGAAGUCGGAGAAGAAGUCGGCGUCGUCGUCAGCGUCAUCGGAGACGCCCCGCCUGCAUGGCGACGACGCAGUCGCCAUUGGCGAGGUGUUGAAUGCCUCUGGGCACAAGCAGGAGCUUGAGGCCAAUUUCGGCCUGGUAUCGUUAUGCUCGAUAGGCAUCACCGUUGGCAAUGUUUGGGCGGCACUGGGUGGUUCAAUUGUUAUCGCGCUCUACAAUGGAGGGCCGGCUGGUGUCAUCUAUGAAUUCAUCGCAGUUGCGGCAUGUUAUUGCACAAUUGCUGCAUGCAUCGCUGAAAUGGGCUCUGCAAUCCCUUCCUCAGCUGGUGUCUAUCACUGGGCCAGUGUUACAGCUGGGGCCAAGUACGGCCGCAUAGUCGGGUUCUUUGCUGGGUGGUGGAACUGCCUUGGCUGGAUCUUUGGCACCGCCUCCAUAUCGUCCAUCCUCGCCAAUCAGAUCAUCAGCAUGUAUGGUCUCUUUCAUGAAGGCUAUGCUUUCGAACGCUGGCACGUCUUCAUCGUAUAUCUCAUCAUCACCUGGAUGUCCUGUGCCGUGGUCCUCUUUGCCAACCGAGCCCUUCCAAAGAUCUCGACGCUCGGCUUGAUACUCAUCUUGGCUGGCGUGUUCAUAACAAUCCUCGUUUGCGCAAUCAUGCCAAGUAGAACAGGGAAUGGGUACGCUACCAACAGCUUUGUGUGGAAAGACUGGUCGAACCAAGCCGGCUGGUCAAGUGAUGGCUUCGUCUUCUGUGCUGGUAUGUUGAACGGCGCUUUUGCCGUGGGUACUCCCAACAUUCCCAAGGCCAUUCUGGCGCAAUACGCCGUUGGCAUCGCAACCGCGUUCCUCUACCUCGUCACAAUCUUCUAUUCAGUCAACGACCUCGACUCUCUCUUCUCCAAUCCCUGGCCCUUUCCUCUUGCCGAGCUCUAUCGUCAGGCCACGAACAGCCAUGCCGGCUCCCUAGGCCUUCUCAUUGUCAUUGUCCUCCCUACGUUCUGCACAAACAUUGGCACCUACAUCACCAGCGGGCGCAUGCUAUGGACGCUAGGUCGCGACAACGCCACUCCCUUCUCGGCAUGGAUUGGCAAGAUUGACAAGAAAUGGGGAAACCCGUUCAAUGCGACGAUCAUCUGCGGUGUCAUCAACACCAUCCUGGGUCUCGUGUACAUUGGAUCGAGCACCGCGUUCUCGGCGUUUGUCGGUAGUUUUAUCGUCAUGAGCUCGCUCAGCUAUCUGGCCUUUAUUCUGCCCAACAUGCUCACACGUCGACGCUACGUGAUCAAGGGACCAUUUACCAUGUCCACGCCAGUGUUUUAUACCGUUGCCGGCAUCGCGUGUGGGUAUAUGCUUGUUUGGAUUCCGAUUUACUGCUUCCCGUUUGCGGUGCCGUUUGACGCGACGACGAUGAAUUACAGUUCGGCGAUGGUGGGUGGAUGCACUUUUCUGCUUGGCUGUUGGUAUGCGUUUAUUCGUACGCGAGGCUAUGUCGGGCCGAGGCGGUUGGUGGAGACGUUGGAGAGUGUGGAGGGUAUGGUGAGGGUGAGGGAGAGUGUUGGUGCUGAAAAAGUCUGA